UUGAAGAUGCUCAUAUUCAUAUUGCUACGGAUGUACAAGUUGAUCAAUGUGUCUAUAACUUACUUGGAAUGAAUCAAGUUGCUGCUAUUUGGAUUGAAGGAAAUAAUAAAAAUAUUUCAUUUAAGAGAGAUAUUGUAGUACAUGCACAUUCAGGAAAAAGACAUAGAAUACAACAUUAUUUCAGCUGUUAUGAUUCACUUCAAUAUCCUUUACUUUUUCCAUAUAGAGAGGCUGGUUGGCAUCAAAACAUUAAAAGAAAUGCUAGGCCAAAUCAUGACAAUGGUGUCUACAAAAAUUCAAUAGAUGGAACAUCCAACACUCCUCAAAUUAAUAGCAUUGAAGACAUCAUCAAUAGUGAAAAUCAAGGAAUUUCAAAGGGUCGGUCCCCUAAGGUUUCAUGUAGGGAAUAUUAUUGUUACAAGCUACAAAUACGUAUAUCUACUCCAUCAAUGUUGCUUCGAGCUGGCCGACUUUUCCAACAAUAUGUUGUUGAUAUGUACAUAAAGCUUGAAACAACAAGACUUGAUUUCUAUAAGACACAACAAUCACACAUUCGAUCUGAGUUAUAUCAAGGAAUUGUUGACACUGUAAAUGCAGGGGAAACAAGGGGAGAUAAAGUUGGAAAACAUAUUGUUCUUCCUUCGACAUUUAUUGGAGGUCCAAGAGAUAUGUGACGUAGAUAUUUAGAUACUAUGGCCUUAGUACAACAUUUUGGAAAGCCAUAUCUUUUCAUAACUAUGACCUACAAUGCUGAUUGGAAGGAAAUAAAAGAAGAACUAAUGGAAGGACAACAUUAUCAAGAUAGACCAGAUCUGACUACAAGGGUUUUUAGAGGAAAUUAAUGGACUUAAAAGACCAAAUUCUACACAAAUAAAUUUUUGGAAAAGUGGCGGCUUUUGUAUAUGUAAUUGAAUUUCAAAAGCGAGGUCUUCCACACAUGCAUAUGUUGGUAAUAUUGAAAAAUGGUUACAAGAUCACCAAUGCUGACCAAUAUGACAACUAUGUCCAGGCAGAAAUUCCAGAAAGCCAAGCAAAUCCUGCUCUCCACAAUGUUAUUAUGAAGCACAUACUCCAUGGACCUUGUGGUGAAGAUAAUAAAAAAUGUCCUCACAUGAUCAAUGGAAAAUGUAUGUUUCAUUACAGUUUUCUGAAAAGACACUUCAAGGAAAGGAUGCAUACCCAAUAUAUAGGAGGACAGACAAUGGAAACCAGGUAUUUAUAAUUAUAAAAUUUAUUUAUAAUUUUAAGUUUAAUUGUUGAUAAUAUAUUGCUUAGGGUAGUAAUUAAGUUAGUAAAAUUAAUAUUCAAAUAAUAUAUUUCRAUUAAUAUUAAAUUUCAAAAAUUUUAAGGUAACGCUAAGGAAGAAGACUUUUGAUAAUCGAUGGGUGGUCCCUUAUAAUCUGUACCUACUUUUAGAUACAACUGUCACAUUAAUGUAGAAAUAUGUUCAAGGUUGAAAGCUGUUAAAUAUUUGUACAAAAAUAUAUUUACAAAGGACAUGAUAAGGCGGCAGUUUAUAUAUCGCAUGAUAGUGAUCAUAAAAGUAUUGAUGAAAUAAGAGAUUACCAAGAUGCAAGAUGGGUAUCUGCGCAAGAGGCCUUACGGAGAAUUUAUGAUUUUAGAUUGAAUGAAAUAUCUCUUCCAGUGAUAAACUUACAACUUCACCUUCCAAAUAUGCAGUGUGUUUCUUAUUGGGAAUCAGAAUUUGAAGAAACUAAUUCAUUGGGAUCAUGUCUCUAAGACUAUGWAAACAGAGUUCUUUAACAUGUGUCACAAAUAUGAGACUGCCUGUAAUUUUUUAUACAAAGAAUUUCGUGAACAUUAUGUAUGGGAUAAACAACUACGAAUGUGGAACGAAAGGAAAAAAGGAGUGGUUAUAUCACGCAUCGUAGGAGCAAAUCCAAGAGAAGAAGAAAGAUAUUACUUGCGUUUACUACUAAACCAUGUUAGGGGGCCGACAUCAUUUGAGUACUUAUUGAUUGUAAAUGGAAAAAGAAUGUCGRCGUUUUAAGGGGCUGCAUAAGAAAAAAGACUUUUAGAGUCCGACCAAAGUGUGCURGACUGUUUGAAUGAAGCAGUAUCAUUUGAGAU